ACACCAUUCAUUUCCUUCACAAAUAUCCCAACUUUCAAGUUUUGUCACAGAAUCUGAUUUCUGUCUUGAAAUUCAACAUGGAGGUGAUGAGCACAAAAUCCAGUCCUGAAUUUGAUGAUGGUGGUGCUUAUGUUGAUGACGAUGUAUUUUUCGCCGAUAUCACACGGCAGAUUUUGCUCUUGACCGCAGACAAUGAAGAUUUUCCUAAGACCAAAACCACAAGCUCAUUUGGUACUAAUGUCACCAAACGUAGCUUUGACAUCCCAGCUCUUGAUUCAUCCUCACUUGGGUAUAUCAGUUGGUUGGGAAAUAAGAACACUGAUUGUUCAGUUCCAGCCUCGCUUUCAAAACUAUGGGAAAACAGCAAUGGGACUGGAGUUUUUAUCCCUCAGGCUGUAAAUCCAAGAAGCAAUUACAAGCCAACAGGAAGGAUGAAUAACAACACAAGAAUUUACAAGCGGGUGCAGAGCAAGCAGUGAUGAAAACAAGUUUUUCCCUUUUCAUGGAUCCAAGAACCUCAGAUAGAUACUGUCUCGCCCACUAUGCUUCUACUAACAAUUCAAAAAUAAACGGAGCACAAACAUCAUAUUGUAUAGAAAAGUGUAAG